CAAAAGUGUACAGGUGCUGUAUGAGUGUAUUAGUAUAGUGUGAGUAUCCACAGGCUUUCAUUUCAAGCAGUGAACUGUUGCAAUAUGACAGGGGUCAGGUCUACACAGAUUCCAUAACUUUUCACAAAAGUAUAGCUUUGAUUGACCUUAUCAACAUUUGUCUGAAAAUUGGAACUUUGAGGGAAGGAUGGGGACAGUCUCUGAAGUCGUUAGGAGGCUUUUAAAUGACUGUGAGCUGUUUGUAUCAGAUAUCCUACAGGAUGAGAACCUCAGUAAACAGGCCAGUGAAACACGGGACGUCUUACUUAAUAACUUCAGGGUGGUCCAUUCCAGAAAUCCUCAGGAGUUUCCCUUCAGAUCUGAGUCCAGACAGGAGGACAGUUCAGAUGACAACCAGAGCUCCAGUCUGGGCCGCUCGGCCCCCUCAGACGACCUGUCAGUGGCCUCUGACUACCAGGACGAGGGCUCUCCUGACUACUUUGAGGAGAUCCAAAUGGCGGCAGUCCAGGAUCUCAGUAACAUCUUGAAACAAGGCUACCUGGAGAAGAAACGACGAGAUCACAGCUUCUUCAGCUUAGAAUGGCAAAGACGAUGGUGUGUCCUCAAUAACACAAUAUUCUACUACUUUGGGAGUGACAAAGACAAGCAGCAGAAGGGCUCCUUCUAUAUCAAAGGUUACAGUGCAGAGCUGGUGGCCAACCUACGUAAAGACUCCAAGAAAAAUGCCUGCUUUGAGCUGAGUGCCCCUGGCCGACGCUCCUUCCAGUUCACUGCUAGCAGCCCACGAGAAGCCAGGGAAUGGGUGGACCAGAUCAACUUUGUCCUGAAAGAUUUGAGUUCCAGCUUUAUCCCCUUUGAUGACGAUGAGGAAGAGGAGGAGGAGGAGACCUAUGAUGACAUUGAGGGGGUGACGGGGGUGGCCAGCCGUCCCCCUCGGCCCACCCCCGCACCCUUCCCGGUCCUGCCCCAGCAGGCCAAAGCCUCUCUCAGUAGCCACAAGGAAUGGAGGCCUAGCCAGGGGGGGGAAGAGGAAGAGGAUGAUAUCUACGAGGUCCUCCCAGACGACGACUUUCCAGGAUCCAUUGAAGAGAUCAGUGAGAAGAGCACGAAACCAGUGUGGUCCAUGGACUAUGCCAAUUACUACCAGGGCUUGUGGGACUGUGAGGCAGACGAGCCUGACGAGCUGGCCUUCCAAAGAGGUGACCUCAUUUACAUCGUCAGUAAGGAGUAUAACAUCAAUGGCUGGUGGGUCGGAGAGCUAAACGGUACCAUCGGUAUCGUCCCUAAAGACUUCCUCCACCCUGCCUACAUCCUCUGAGCUCCAGGAGUUGAGUGAUGUGACUGCGUUCCCAAUCCCCAACACUUCGAGACUGAUGACAGACUGAGAUUUUUUACUUUGCAAUGUAAUGCAGUGUAAUUUUUUUGGUAUGUUUUUGUAAAGAUUGCUUCAUUGCCAUGCAUAAAUUACAUUACCAUUGUCCUUCUGAGGCCUUUGGUGUACACAUCAAAGUAUGGAUAAUUCUGAUGUCAAAAAGGUUUCCUCUGUUUAGUUUUUUCCAAUGUAUUUGUGCCCGUGUGUGAAUGGAAAUGGCCAGCCAUUGAGGAAACAUUAUGCCCCUGUGACAAAAAUAGGAAAUCCUCACCUCUGAGUGAACUGGGGGGGCUGGCUAUUCGAUAUUUUGAAGCAUAUACGAACUGAUGCCUUCAACAGCCUUGUGUCUGAGACUACAGUGCUUGUUAUUUCUAUGCUGACAUAUGUAGUCCACAAGGGGUCAGGCUUCCUCCCCUAUCUUGUUUCACAAGGGGAUGAAUAGUUUUUCAAUGAAGAGUUUGAAAUUGGAAUACCUGAUAAUUUGCAACAAAAAAAAAGAUAUAGAUUUUUGAUUGUUGAGCUUGUAAAAAUAUUUUAUGUUAUGUACAUAAUAACUUGUUUUACUGUGCAUAUGAAAGUCUAUGGCAAUAUAAAUGUCUGUAAAUGUCAUGCACUAAAAUAGACUCAAGUGGGGGAAAAAACAUUUUAUUCCCAAUUAAAAUGAUAUUCCAAAGAAACAUUGUUGUCAAUAGGUGCAUUCCUAGGUUGUUAUUGACUAUUUUUAGGUUGGUAUAUUGCUCAUGUACAUCCUUGUCUGAACUACAUAAGUGAAAAAAAAACUGUCUGUCAACCAUCUACAUAACAUAAAAGGGGUAACUUUUAUGCCACUUAAAAUAACUAAUGCACCUGUUAAAAUGCUGAAUAUGAGAACAAAAAGAACAGUAAAAGCAUAUGUUAGCUCUGACUGCAUUGGUG